UCAUAAUAUACUUACCUAUCUAUUAAUAAAUAAUAUACUUAUGUACACACAAUAUUGUGAAUGAUAGUGUUGUGACAAUACCUAAAAUGAGCCAUAUAUUAGAAUCUGAUAUUACACUAGAAAUGGGGAUCCUAAUGUAUCCAGUGUUGUUGAUAACUUUUGUUGUGCUUAUGUGGACGAUAAGUUCAGCAACAAGAUAUUACAUUAAAUUUAUUUUAUUUAGUGUACUUAGUUUAAUAGCUGCCACCUCCUGUAUUCCAAUUAUGUUAGUAAAACCCAGAGACAGCAAAAAUGCAUUAAUGCCUGCUUUGUUUUGUCGUUACAUUGCUUCAUUAUUGGGGCUUUCCUACACCGUUGAAGGACAUGAAAAUAUAAUUAAAGGAUCAGGAUGUGUAAUUUUGAUUAAUCAUCAAAGCGCGUUGGAUUUGAUAAUUUUAGCAUAUCUUUGGCCAAUAAUGGAUAAUUGUACAGUUGUUUCGAAAAAGGAAGUACUUUAUUUACAACCUUUUGGAUCAGCCGCUUGGUUAUGGGGCACCCUUUUUAUUAACAGAUCUGAUAACAAAGAUUCCAGAACAAAAGUGAGCAAGACUGAGCAAGCCAUAAGAAAUUAUAAGGCUCGAAUUUUAAUGUUCCCCGAAGGCACUAGAAAUUUAAAAAAAAAAUUAGUACCUUUCAAAAAAGGAGCUUUCCAUUUGGCUCUUGACGCAGGGUGUCCAAUCCAACCUGUUUGUGUUAGCAGAUAUACCUUUUUAGGAAAAAACAGAUUUGACAAUGGUCAUGUUCACAUACAAAUUUUACCGGCAAUAUCGACAAAAAAUCAUACCAAAGAGGACUUGCCAAAAUUGAUUGAUGAAUGUUAUAAAACAAUGUCUGAACAUGUGGAGUUAAUAUCAACCAUGAAGAGUUCUUGACAAUAAGUUGAAAUAUAAUUAGAUAUGUGUAUAUAAAUUAUAACAAAUUAAUA